AUGGAAUUUAUGAGAAAUUACUUUCCUGAGGAUGUUCGUGGGAACAAGGAGAUUGAGUUUCUAGAGAUGAUGCAAGACAACUUGUCGAUUACUGAGUAUGCUGCCAUAUUUGUGGAACUUGCUAAGUUCUACCCUCAUUAUAGUGAGGAGACUAUUGAAUUCUCGAAAUGUAUCGAAUUCGAGAAUGGUUUACAUUCUAAAAUUCAGCAGGCGAUUGGAUACCAACAGAUCAGGAGGUUUCCAGAGUUUGUGAACAACUGUAGAAUUUAUGAGGAUGAUAUUAAGCCUCAAUCGACUCACUAUAAGGGGCUGAGCAAGAGAAGAGGAAAGAAGAAUCUGAAUAGUGGGAAGCCAUAUAGUAAUCCAGUUGAUAAAGGUAAAUAA